UAAACACUCGCUCACACACACACACCAAACUUACCACUGCAGAGACGAGGCCAUGAGUGGCGGGGUGCGGUUUCCUGCGUCUGGGAUUCUGGUCUGGCUGUGCUGCCUCAGCUUGGGGCCCGUUCAGGGGGGGAAAGUGCUGAUUUUGCCUGUAGAUGGGAGCCACUGGCUGAGCUUGAAGCUUGUGGUGCAGGAGCUCGCCCGCAGGAGCCACGAGGUGGUGGUCCUGGUGCCUGAAAGCAGCAUACUGAUCCAAGGCUCAGAGAGCUACCGGACUGAGGUCUAUCAAGUUCCGUAUGACCAAGCUGACCUGGAUGAGAUUAAAGGAGCUAACGGGUCAGUGUUCAUGAAACCACCGGACAUCACAGAUCUGUUUGUCAAUAUCGAGCGAUUAGUUAACUUUACCUCAAUGCAAGUAACGGGAUGUGAGAGCUUACUCAACACUCAGCCUCUGAUGAGUCGACUACAACGUGAGGACUUCGAUCUUCUGCUCACUGACCCCUUCCUUCCCUGCGGCUCUAUUAUCUCACAUAUGUUUUCAAUCCCAGCUGUUUAUGUUUUGCGCGGACUUCCUUGUUUGAUGGAUUUAAAGGCUAAUCAGUGUCCCACACCUCUUUCAUAUGUUCCUGUGGAGUUCACCGGAAAUACUGACCACAUGAACUUCCUCCAGAGAGUGAAGAACAUCCUCAUGUCUUCUGUGGAGCACUACGUAUGUCGUAAAGCCUAUGCCAGCUUUGAUCACAUCACUUCCAAAUACCUGGGAGACAACAUGACCUACCAAGGUCUUCUCAGCUAUGCUGCAAUCUGGCUCGUGAGAUACGACUUUACCUUUGAAUGGCCCAGACCGAUCAUGCCCAACAUGGUGUUUAUUGGGGGCAUAAACUGUGCAAAGAGAGGUCCUCUGCCAAUGGACUUGGAGGAGUUUGUGGACGGUUCAGGAGACGAUGGCUUUAUUGUCUUCACAUUUGGCUCAAUAGUGUCCCGCAUUCCUGAGAAUAAGGCCAAAGUGUUCUUUGAUGCCUUUAGGCAAAUUCCUCAAAGGGUUUUGUGGCGAUACACUGGACCUGCUCCCAGAGACAUGCCUAAGAAUGUCAAAAUUCUCAAGUGGCUUCCUCAAAACGAUCUGUUAGGGCAUCCAAAAAUUAAGCUCUUUAUCACUCAUGGGGGUACCCACGGUAUCUAUGAGGGCAUCUGUAAUGCCGUACCAAUGUUGAUGUUUCCACUGUUUGGCGACCAGGCAGACAACGUACAUCGCAUGGUAGUUCGUGGUGUUGCAGAAAAACUUGAUAUUUUUGACUUGACUACUGAAAGACUGCUGGCUGCAAUAAAUAAAGUCAUCAACAACAGCAGUUACAGAGAGCAGAUGGUGAAACUGUCCCUGAUACAUAACGACCGUCCCGUGGAGCCUUUAGACCUGGCUGUCUUCUGGUCUGAGUUUGUUAUGAGACACAAAGGAGCGGCCCAUCUCAGAGUAGCCGCCCACGACUUGAACUGGAUCCAGUAUCACAGCCUGGAUGUCAUCGGAUUCCUGCUCAUCGUUGUCAUAUCUGUGCUGUGGUUGGAACUUAAAUUGUGUUUGUUUUGCAUCCGUAAAUGUUGCAGAAAAGCGGUUGCCAAGAGGAAGCGAGAGUAGAGUUUCUAGCGUUGAUUUGUUUUGUUUUUUUAGGUAUUCUGUAAUUUAAGUGAAUGAGAAAUACUUCAUUAAAAUUUGGAACCCGUGUGCAACUGUCUGCAUGUGCCUAGUGUACAAAUGGUGUAAAAUUCAAAUUGCAUACUCAGGGCUGUGAAAUGAAAAUUGUGAAAUCUGAGGAAAAUUUGCAGGCGGGCAGUCCCCCAGAGCCGGGGUCUAGGGCCCGUGGGGCCCCAAAUACCAAAUUUUGUAUCUAAUGAUACAUUUUUAGCAUCUCCUGGAGAAAUGAAACAAAAUCUCAAUGUGGACAGUACUUUUAUGAAGAUGUUUUAUUGAAUCUGAUCUUACCUUUUCUUUUAUCUGCUGGUGUGGGUUUUAAUUUGAAAAACAAACCGUCGGCAUCGUUUUGUAAAUGAGUACAGCAAGAUUGCUGGUGAUUCCUUAAAUGACCUGCCAUCUAUAUAUAAAACAGAUCGAUUAAAAAGGUUCAUCUUGGAUGAUCCAGUUACCCCUCGUACCCAGAGUUCAAACUGCUUCCAUCUGGUCGUAGAUUUAUGAAAAUUCAGUAAGGUAUAUCUUCUCGUAUUAUACAUUCCAAAUCUAAGGUGGAACUCUACUAAGGUACUCCUAAAUAUUUAAAAAGAGCAAAAGAGACAGAGCCACGUAGGUGCCUGGUCUUGAGAACCAGGGAUGGUAGGUUGAAAAGCUUUUUUUUUUUAAUCCCAUGGGAACUUUCCCUACCCACCCAAGAGGCUCAAGAAUAUGAACAGCAUGUAUAUAAGUGACAUUAACACAACCAAGGCAGCAAACAUGUACAAGAAAUAUAACUACAUAAUAUAGGAGUUAGUACCUGAAACCUAAAUGUUCCUACAGAAAAAGAUUGAAAUAAACAUCUACCUAGUCUGUAGACAUGUUGUAAAACAAAGUUAUGGCUAAUAGGCUAAGAUAUAAAUCUAGUUAUAUUAUAGAAACAGAAACUGAUAUAUGUAUUAGGUUCCUAUCUAAAGUUCACCCUGCUAGCUAAGUUAUGGAUAGUUAGUAUAAAAAGACAAAUUCCGUACUCUACAUGCUUUCUAAUGGAAACCCCAAACUUAUAUACUAUCUGUUAAAAAAACUACGUCAUGUAAAAGAAUACAAAUCCUGAAAGUUGACUAUGUCCAAGAGAUGUCAGACCAGUAGGUACAAGAACUCUUUUAUACCAACUGUCACUAGGUUUUUAAACAUUACAUGAGCGUAAUAAUAUGAAAACAUAACUGUCUUCAUAUUUUAUGUUGUAUAAUUAUGUCUACUGUUUGAGUUUUCAUGCCAUAUUUAAGGUCAUGUUAUGUUUAAGUUUCUGUAUGUAUGAAUGUGCUAUCUGCUGGCUGCACAACAAAUUGCCUCAUUGGGGAUAAUAAUAGACACCUUAAUACCUUGAUAAGUGCAUAUUUAAAUGAUCCUAGAUUCAACCUUUCAUUCGAACUGUCAAUGAUAAUGUUGAAAUAACAGAAUAUGACAAUAUGGAAGCAGGACCUGGAAUGAUUUUCUUUUUAAUUG